CGUUUUUAUGUGUCAGAUAACCAACCCUUUACUUCGCAUUCACAACGCUUUACCGGUUUUUACUAUCAACGCUUGUUUUUAAGCAGACAGAAUCGCUUCAACAGAUCGCUGCUGUUUUAUUACUGUUAGCUUUAGCAUAUUGUUUCUGACAAUAUUUUUAGUUUCUUCCUUAAUGCACACAGUUUAAGACCUUUACAACGCUUUUAGGAUGCAGAAUACAAUAUUUUAUACGUACGGCAUUUUAGCUGCUACAGCCUUUUUGAAUCCAGCAUUCGCAGUUGCUAAUGACGAUGAAGACAUGGAAAUAACAGAAGAUAUUUUCUACUCACCGCUAAACUUUUCGGACGCAAAUGCUAUUGCGAAAAGCAGACCUAAACUAUGGCCAAACCCUGCCGCCAUCCCUUAUGAGAUGAGCGGCUCCUUCAAUCAAACAAAGCGGCAAAUUGUUCUGAAAGCUCUUCGCACAAUGGAAAAAGCGACCAAAAGAUGCAUUUUGUUCGAACCCAGAACGGACGAACUUGAUUAUCUUUACUUUUCCUCAAGCAGCUAUGCUCAUGCAGAAACAAUCCAAUCAUGCUAUUCAGACCUUGGACGAAUCGGCGGCUAUCAAGAAAUUUACCUGAGUCAGCCAUCAUGCUUCGAUUUGGGCGUCAUCCAGUUCCAUGUUAUGCAUGCACUGGGCUUUGAUUACGAACACAAACGCUUUGAUCGGGACCAGUAUGUCGAAGUGCGCAAUAUCAGCGAGUCGGAAAGCGAGUAUAAGGACUUCUACGACGAUUUGUACAGCAUAAAUCCGUCCAUGUACACUUUCGGAGCGAAGUACGACUACCAUUCCAUCCGAGAGUAUUCUACCUUCGCUGGCACCACAGGUCGAAGUCCUGGCAUGAUAUCCAAAAAAGCGCUAACGGUACAUAUGGGACGGAUGAAAAGCCUGAGCCCGACAGACGUGGCUAAAAUUAUGAUUGCCUAUAAGUGCCCACUGAACAUCAUCCGCGACAGUAAGCAACUUUACGCUCACGAUGAGGAUUUUCCGUUGUUCUCAUUCGAACAAAUGACGGACGAAGAAUGCGGUGCGCAAUUCAAUCGCCACUGUCAAUCCGACAUCACCACAGUGCACAACUGCACCACCCGAACCGAUUUCCGAAUUGUCUGCCGGUCAAACGCACCGGUUUCCGUCCUGCAGCGGAUGGCGGUGGAUAUGGCGGAGAAACCAUUGCGGUUAGUUUCCAUUGACGUAGAAGAGCAACUUAUUGCAAGAUACACUUUUGCACCCUUACAAAUCCAAGUCGUCAAGCUGCAACUGCGUAACUGCAACACAGAACGCGUGACUUGGAGGUUAAGUGACUUGAACUUUACCAGCCUAUUGGAUUUUCAGCUCUACGGCUGUCGCAAUUUGAUCAUUGAGAAACGAGAUUUUUUGGCUUCCAAGCGGCUGCGGAUAAUUUUAUUUUACAACAGUACAAUUGAAACUAUGCAGCUGGACUCAUUAGCUAGCUUGCCCGAUCUUCGAAUUGUGUCACUGGAAGCGCUGCUAGACGAACAACGAUACUAUAAUUUCGACCAAUCUUUCCGAAACUUCAUGCGUGCUCUCCACUGCAGCUGCGAAUUUGCUUGGUAUCGUGCCUGGUGGCGAACCAAUACAAAUUUGCGUCUCCGCGCUCAGGUCGGUGAAGUGUAUUCGUUUGACGGACGUGAGAGUAGCGGCAGGCUGGAAAGCGCUGAAUUUGGCAAAGAGGAACUUUAUCACCCAGUCAACUGUCACGCGGACCAGUUUCCACUCGGCCCAGAGUGGAUUAAUUAUUACACGCAAACUGAAUACUCUGUCAAUGAACCGACCUGCGAUGCGCCAAAUGUCCAAGGACGCAGAGCGAACACUGCGACCGAAGUUGCACCUGUCACUAAGUCAGCGACUCAUCAUCCAUUGCAGAGGAUCCAACAGUCCUCUUAGCAUUUGGCGAGCUGAUUGGUGAUUGCGGCGCCUGUCAAUUUUUUCAUCGACAGUUUUGGAAAAGCGGCUGUUUAGAUAAUUGAUCGAGUGCUUUGGAGUUGCUGAUUAUGACGUACAUACUUCAACCAUAACUUUUCAUCUGCUUUCAUUCUGUCGCUGGCUGCGAUUCAACAUUAUUAUAAAAGGUCUAUUAUAAACCUGAUCUUAACGAUAUUGUGGCAACCUAAUGGUAUUCAAUAUUUUUGCUGUCUUACUUACUAUUAUCAAUAAUUGAAACAAUACGUAUGUUCGUGAUACAAUAAUGUCCGUGACCCUACUUUCCCAAUGUUUCAUUGCUUUUUGUUCAGUGUUUUUCACGCAUUAACAUGUACCGACCCGUACGUACGUACCGGAGACGAAAGGCAGUAAAUAUUUGUUAAAUUCCGAUUA